AUGGCAACGCAGGACUUGAACUUUCACAUCCCAGAAUGCAUCUACACUAAGCACUUAUGUCUGGAUGGGAGGCAGAUACAGCUGGAAAUCUAUGACACUUGUUCACAGCGGGGGAAGCUCUCCCUCACAGACGAGCUCCACUGGGCUGAUGGAUUUAUCAUUGUUUAUGACAUCAGUGACAGAGCAUCAUUUGCCUUUGCAAAAGCUUUGCUGUACAGGAUCCGAGAAUCUCACAUAGGAGCUUGUAAAAAAACGGUUGAGUCGUCAGUAUUUUUGGUUGGUAACAAACAAGAUUUAUGCCACAUGAGGGAAGUUGGCUGGGAUGAAGGACAGAAGCUGGCAAUAGAUAACAAGUGCCAAUUCUGUGAACUGUCUGCAGCAGAACAUUGUCAGGAAGUUGUUGCAAUGUUCAUGAAAGUCCUGAGGAAUAUCACCUCAAAUUUUAAAGCGAAGGAAAAGAGACGACCAAGUGGAUCAAAGUCAAUGGCCAAGUUAAUCAACAAUGUGUUUGGAAAGAGAAGGAAAUCUGUGUAAAAGAUCCAUAGUCUUGGAGCAGGAACAAGCUAAAAUAACGGAGCAGAAGCAGCUCUUUGGGUUCAGUCAGUUUCCUCCAAAGGUCAAUGUCUGGAGGAGUAAAACAGUAGAAACCAAAGGUGGGAGAUAGUAUGGUCAAGUGGACAGGGUCCACACCUAGAAGACCUAACCUUCUAUUUCCAGUUCUACUACAGAUUUACUGUAUUAGGGCUGUCACUUAAACUCUAAGCUGCUCCUCUGACCCUUUAUCUUAUAUAAAGUUCUUCAGAGGAGAGCUUUUGUAUUUAUUCAACAGCAUCAUGGUCUUGGAUAGAGCUUCUGGGUGCAGCUGAAAUAUAAACAGUUAUUUUCAAUAAACUCAGCCUUGCUG